AGUCGGGGGUGGGGUGCCGCUGCCCUGGGCCUCGCAGGGGUUAAAUUGGGAGGAGGGAGGGACUGGGAGGGCUGGGUGGGCUGGGCCCGGAGCCUGGAGCACAGAAGCGGCCGAGGGAGAGCCGAGCUCCGGGUCGCGGGGCUCCGCCAGCUGGGAGCGCCUAUUCCCCGAGGGGAGAGGGCAGCAGGCCCCGAGGUGGCGGUGGUUGGGGGGUGGGGGGAGAGAAAGGGGGAGGAGCCAUGAGGGCCGGGAGCUAGGGCCAGGCCUGCCAGGCCCGGGAGAGGUGAGGUUCCCCCCCCACCCCAGCCUGGGCGGGGGCCAUGGUGGUGGCAGCAGCCCCGACAUGUCGGCCGAGGUCCGGCUGCAGCGGCUGCGGCGGCUCCAGGCGCUGGUGCUCCACGGGGGCUGCGUGGGGCUGGAGCCCCUGCUCGACCUGCUGCUGUGUGUCUACCAGGAGCUCAGUGCCUCGGCCCUGGCCCGGGAAAAGUACGUGCUGGACUUUCUGCAGUGGGCGGAGCCCUUUGUUGCGAGAUUGAAAGAGAUCCAGCUGCGCAGGGACGACUUUGAGAUUUUGAAGGUGAUCGGACGCGGGGCGUUCAGCGAGGUGGCCGUGGUGAAGCUGAGGCGCACCGGACAGGUGUUUGCCAUGAAGAUCAUGAAUAAAUGGGACAUAUUGAAGCGAGGGGAGGUGUCAUGUUUCCGGGAGGAGCGCGACGUGCUGGUGAAUGGGGACCCCCGGUGGGUCACGCAGCUGCAUUUUGCUUUCCAGGACGAGAACUACUUGUACCUGGUGAUGGAGUAUUAUGUGGGCGGGGACCUGCUGACCCUCCUGAGCAAGUUUGGGGAGAGGAUCCCCGAAGAGAUGGCCCGCUUCUACCUGGCUGAGAUGGUGCUGGCCAUAGACUCUGUGCACCGGCUCGGCUACGUGCACCGGGACAUCAAGCCGGACAACAUCCUUCUGGACCGCUGCGGCCACAUCCGCUUGGCCGACUUCGGUUCCUGCCUGAAGCUUCGGGAGGACGGCACGGUUUGCUCCUCCGUGGCGGUGGGGACCCCGGACUACCUGUCUCCAGAGAUCUUGCAGUCUGUGGGGGACGGAACAGGGGCGUGCUCCUACGGGCCCGAGUGCGACUGGUGGGCUCUGGGGGUGUUUGCCUACGAGAUGUUCUUCGGCCAGACGCCUUUCUACGCCGAAUCCACCGCCGAGACAUACGGCAAGAUCGUCCACUACAAGGAGCACCUCUCCCUGCCCAUGUCUGAUGGCGGGGUCCCCAAGGAAGCCCGAGACCUGAUCCAACAGCUUCUGUGCCCCCGGGAGGUACGGCUAGGACGGGCCGGGGCUGGGGACUUCCGAGAUCAUCCAUUCUUCCAGGGACUCGACUGGGAGGGCAUCCGGGACAGCUCUCCUCCCUUCGUUCCCGACUUUUCCGGAGCCACGGACACCUGCAAUUUCGACCUGGUGGAUGACGGGCUCACGGCCAUGGUGAGCGGGGGUGGGGAGACACUGUCUGACCUGAUCGAAAGCCCUCCACUGGGCGUACACUUACCCUUUGUGGGCUAUUCGUUCUCCUAUGCUGCUCUCAGAGAACUUGCCCUUGGAAUGCAGAGGCCUUCUGUAUCCCUUUCCCACUCUCCCCACAGUGAAAGUGAGGCCCAGGAGGUCAGUCACCCUGCCCCUAUGGAGCUGGAGCCUGAGCCUACAGUCCCUACCCCACCCCAGCGGGAAACUGCUGAGGAGCCUGUCCCCCAAACUCAGGCUGAGGAAGCCACACCGAGCCUAGAGAAGGAAGAGGAAGAGGGGGUCACCUUACAAGAGCUACAAACUGCCCUGGAGGAGGAGAUGCUGAACCAGCAGAGCCUUCGGAGAGAGUUGGAUGCCAUCCGCUUGGCCAACCAGAACUUUGCCAGCCAGCUCCAGGCCGCUGAGAGCCGGAACGGGGAGCUAGAGGCUCAGAUCCAGCAGCUUCGAGAGCGGAUGGAGGAAUUGCAAGCGGCAGCCAACUCCAGGCUCCCCCUUCCCCAGGCCACGGAGCUGUCUCCCCAUCCAGAUGGCCCCCCGGCCGUGGCUCUGUGCCAGUGGCCCCUGGUGGCGCCCUGCCACCUGCUGCCCUGUGCCCGGGUCCUUAAGCCAAGCAUAUCGGAGGCGCGCCAGCUGCUCGUCGUCGCCGCUGCUCUGGCUCCUGCCACAGCGCUGGGCCGCCCUGGGCUGGGGGCCUGUGCUGGCCCCGGCCCUGGCCCUGGCCCCGGCCCCGGCUGGGGCCUCCCCUGGCCGGCUCGCCUCAGCCCCGGAACCGCCCCCGGCCCCUGAGCCCUAGAUUUGUCCCCGAUGAACCCAGGUGUCCUGGGAGGGGAAGCCGUGGUCCGAGUGCGCAAUCCGUUUGCGCCUCCCCUGGACUCAGCGUCCGGCCCCAUCCCCGUGAUCCGGACCCGUCUCCGGGGGCUCCGGCGGUGUCAGGAGAGGGAAUCAAGGGGGGGAGGGGGACGCGGCCCGUGCUGGGCUGCCCCUCCCACAACAAACACUGGCCCUCACUUCAGGGACCCCACGCCAACACGCACCACGCGCCACGCGCGCCCGGGGCCCCCUCCGCCUCCCUCACAGCUCGCUGCCCGGCUUGAUAUUUAUUGAAACCCACUCCCCAACUGCACCAGCCGGAAGCCGGGGGUCCCCGAGGGGCAGUGGCUGAGCUGUCCCGUGUCCGCCCCCCUUCUCUAUUUAUGCACUGAGAUCCCGAUCCCUGGUAUUUAUUGUCGCCUAAUAAAAGCCUCUUGGUCUCCUC